ACUUGACAGCAGAUCGGACAGUCUUGUUGGACAGAUGUGGGCUCGUGAAUGUUUCUGUGCAUUAUUCAAAGCGCGCUGCGCAUCACAGAGCUAAUUAGGAUUUCAGUAUAAAUAAGGCCGCAGACGGGACAGCUCGGCCUGUCCUGCUGCUGAUGUCGGAGAGCUAAAGGUAUAGAGGUUAAAACCCUUCAGAAAGCUGCAAGCUGCUCCAACAUGCACACACUCUGACCCUCCUCACGGAUGGGACUCUAUUCAAUCCGGACCCACAAAGAGAUCCCGUAAAUUCCACGGUUUAACGCAGAAAGUGAAGAUCCACCGAGGAGAUUUGAUGUUUUUGGAGACUUUUUAAUGGCACUCGGCCCGACCAAGACAGACUGCUGCUACCUUUAUGGGACGGUGAAGGUUUGAUUUUCUCCUGUGGUGUCUGUGUGGAGCGUGCCACACACCCACUCCACAACAACGACGGCUUUUGCUUGCAUCUUCCAGUGUUUCUUCUGUCAGCAAGUCCAGCAGAGCUGCAACUCUUCCAGUGCCAGCCCUGACACCAACGAGGAGCCCUGCCCCACUGACAUGGUGAAGAUGACCAAGUCUAAGACCUUCCAGGCUUACCUGCCAUCUUGUCACCGCACCUACAGCUGCAUCCACUGCCGGGCACACCUGGCCAACCACGACGAGCUCAUCUCAAAGUCAUUUCAAGGCAGUCAAGGAAGAGCCUAUCUGUUUAAUUCAGUGGUGAAUGUCGGUUGCGGGCCAGCGGAGGAGCGGGUACUCCUCACAGGUUUACAUGCUGUGGCUGAUAUCUACUGUGAAAACUGUAAAACCACCCUGGGCUGGAAAUAUGAGCACGCGUUUGAGAGCAGUCAAAAGUACAAAGAGGGAAAGUUCAUCAUCGAGCUGGCUCACAUGAUCAAGGACAACGGAUGGGAGUGACGCUCCAGCUCUUUCUUUUUCUGACCUUGGAAUGCUCUUUAUUGAACUGCGUGGAGCGUCGACCAUCGACCACCCUGCCCCUCCCAAACGCCCCCCACCUCCCUUUAAAAAGAAAAAAAAAACUCCACGAACCUCCACCACCUCGCCUCCUUCACGUGCACACACCCACCUGCUCAUCGUGAAACAAAACAGAACAAGUGACGACGAAGGAAGUGGAGCAACUGUUGAAAAAUCACGUCACAGGAGUCCUGUCGUUACUUUAAAGAUUGUGUGUUCUCCUUCGCAGCUCCGGAGCUUGGUUAUACUCUCACCCCCCCUACCCCCGCCCCGCCCCACCCAACCCCACCGAACCACGCUUACAAGUGAUUGUGGUGAUAUGGCGACCAGUGUGCGAAAGGAGAUAGACUUCACUGAAAGGACAUUUCUUUGUUUUCUGUAUUUCACCCAUCCAGCGAGACAAAUGACUUUGAUGACUUUCAUUAUUUUAAUGUUAUUUGCUAUAGUUUUAACUUCUGGGUUUGGUAAGGUUUUGGUUUGAUGGCAGAUGGAUGUUACUGGUUAGCAUUUUGUUUCCCUGUCAAGUUUGUCAUGUUUCUGUUUGUUUAUUUUGGCUUGUUGUAUCUCUGCCCAUAGCUGCCCACAUUUAUUUUGCUAAUGUCCAAAUGAGCAAUCAGGGACGGGUAAGGAGCGGAGGGGAAAGGGAGUUUAUUGUAGUUACAAAUAUGUAGCAGCAUCUUGCUUCUUUUUUCUUUUUUUUUUUAACAAAGUGGUAAAGGAUGAAAUUGAAGUAGUGUGGGAUUUAAUCAUUUGAUUUCUUUCUUUUAUUCCCCCCCCCCCUUCCGGUACUUUUUUAGCACCCAGAAAGCAUUGAAAGCAGCACCUCAUAUUUGUUUGACAUAAAUGGAUAUAUAUACACAUAUACGGUAUAUAUACAUAUAAAUAUAUAGAUAUAUAAAUAUUUGUAGUGUUUGGCUAAAUGCGAUUGUGGCUGGUCCCAUUUUGCAAGUAAAAAAGACAUGAAAAGGAGCAGAAAUAGUUUCUAGACUGGGGAACCUGAAAUCAGUGUCUACAUGUCAUAAAGCAUUAUGACUGUAUUAAUCCAUUGUCUAGUAAUGAAACAAUGAGACACAACUACAUAUGAAUAUAUACACAUACUAUGAUAACAUAUCCAUAAAUACUAUGAAAAUGUUCGUAGUACAUAGAUAUUGGAACAUUGAUUCUAUAUAUAUUUGCUGUCAUGCACAUAUGUAUAUAUGCAUAGGACUGUAUGUAUAUAUGCAUUGUGUGUGUGUGUGUGUGUGUGGUCACGCAUUACACAGUGGCAUACUUGAACAGUGCUACUUCAUUUGCACUUUGCAGAGGCCUUCGGUUCAUCUCAGUUUAGAGGCAAAAGCUUUGUGCGCUCUCGUCAGUUUUUUAAUGGCCUUACAGAUGAACGACAGAUUGGAGACAGAAAGCGAGUUUGAGCUGGACAGUUUUGAGGGUUUCAUCAUCUACGUUUAAGACUGUAGUGUGUUUAGCUGCCGUCAGCUAGAUACUUUUAAAUCAUUUAGUGUGAUUUUAUUUAAAUUAUAUCGACAAAACCUGCUUUUCUAUUUUGAUCCCCUUUUGGAGAGAAAAGUGUAGUUUCCGAUUCUUUGCUGCUAUCCGAGAAAUCCCACCAUUUCUUCCUAGUCUUGUAGGUCUUUUGCACUUUAUCCGUCUCCCUCUCUUAGAGCGUAUUGACUGUCUAUUUGUGGACGGCGCCUGUGAUUUGCCUCUAAGCCGUAUGAAUCUUGUGCCUCUUCAAAACAUGAACGGCCUCCCCUCUUUUUUUUUUCUUUUUUCUGUUGUGCAGUGCAUAACUCCGAAAACCGUCAUGUGAACCAUUUUUGUUCCCCCCAUCUGGUUCAAAGUGGCCCUCAAGAUGACGUUAUUCACUAAAAUCCUCAUAGUGCUCUUCCAUGUUUUUUUGGACAACAGAGACUUGGUAUACAUACACACAUAUAUUUUCUAUGUUAAGAUUUAGAGGUGCAAAAACAGAUGGCUAUUCAGUAUAUUAUUUCUCAGAGUAAAGCAUAUAGGGAGAGGUUUGGAAUAUGCGGGAUGUCCAGGGAUCAUUGUUUGACUUUGUAUUGGAAGGGGAAAAAAAGAUGGCAGGUUGAGGUGGGCCAGGGUGGGAUGGGAGAAAUUUAAAAAUCAGCAGUGAUUGAUUACUUUGCCGGCAAGGUCAGUCAGAUCACAUGACCUUUUAUCCUAAAAACGAUGACAAUGCAAACCCUUAAUAGUUAGCAGUGAUACCUACUUGAAAAUAUAAAGACAUAAACAGCUGAGAUAUUGGCCCGUGUUACAGUUUUUGUACAUAAGUAACAUAUUUAAGGUUUUAUACGUAUUUCUACUGGGUUAGUUGUUUUACUUCCCCAACUUGAAGCACUUUUGUUCACUGUACCUCUGGCUGUGUGCGUGCGUGCACGUGUGUGUGUGUGUGCGUGUGCGUGCGUGUGUGUGUGUGUGUGUGUGUGUGUGUGUGUGUGUGUGCGUGCGUGCAUGCAUGUGUAUUAGCCUGCAUGCAUGCCUGCACACGAAAGUGAAUGUUUAGUUUCUUUUCCUCAGACAGUUGUAUUUCUUUUUCCCCCUUGUUUUUGGUUUGGAAAUGUUUUUAUUUGUCCUGUUUGUUUGAUUUUUUUCCCUUUCGCAGCUGUUUGGUUUCACUGUCUCUCCCUGUGAUCUGUGGGGUCGAGAGCCAGGUUAGUUUGUUUGGAAAUGAUUUAUCCCCUGUUUUGUUUUUCUGUUAGCUUGUUUAUUUAGCUUGUGUGGUGAGAGCCCGUUAGAGGGCCGGUGUUUAGGUCUCUGCUGAGCCAUGUAGACUUUGAGGGUGAGCUGGAAUCUCCCACCAUGUCGCAGGGAGAGCCUUUACCAAGACCCUUUCGCCAACACACGUGUCCUGGAUAGAGGGCUUUCAGGUGAUGAAACACACCCUCUGGCAGCCAUAUUGGAGGUCAUUAGCUUUUGGCAAUGCUGGCUGUGAAUAUCUGAUUGUAUUUCUUGAGAACUUAAUUUUUGUGCAAACUGUUAAAAUCUUUGAUUGUUUUGAUAAUGUUAGAUUGUUAGCUACCUGAGCUUACAUCCCAGUUCUGGGGCUGCAUCCUUUUGAAGAUUGCAUUUCAAGGCCUGUCCUAUUUUAAAGACUCCUUCAAAUGCAUCCUUCUUUUGCUUGAAUUUGUAGCACUCCGUGUCCCAAAAUCCACUGCACACCUGUUGUUUGAAGUAUAACUCAACAGCAGCUGAACACCUUGGCCUUUAGUUCCCUCGAAGGACACACAUCCUUCAGGGCUGCAUCCUUCAAGGGUUGCAGCUCCUGUAUUGGGAUGCAGCUUUUAUCUGGUCAAAUAUCAAAAGCAGACCAUUUGUUUAGUUUAACUAAACUUUUCCCAAACUCAUAGAGCAAAGAGAAUGGCACUGGUGGCUCAAUUUGGAAACUUAAAAUCUGCCUUACCAGACCAUUCAUGUCUGCUUAAAGUGUUACAACCUACAGUAGGCUGACUUCUUAACUUGUUAACUGUUACAUGCACACAGGCAGGACCUCCAGGAUGGUGCCAGCAGUGGUUGCUGGGAGAUUUGUGACCCAAGUGCAGAGCCUCUAUACUCUCCCUUCGAUCAGUCAAGUCUAAAUUAGACGAACAAAAAGCAGUUGCCAGUGUCACUGUUGGUGUGUACCAAAUAAGAACCAACCAAGUUCUAUCGAAUGCAUCAGUGUCAUGUGUCAGCGGGCAGGAAGGAAGCCAGGGAUCAUGUUCGAGUGUCUCCUGCAAAAUCAAUUGCUAUACCAAAAUUAAAGAGGCAAAAUCCUGUCACUUACGACAUUGUCUUUCUGUAGAAUGUGUUGAUCCUCUGAACUUCACCGUCAAAGCAGCCUGGAUGAAAAAUGUAGAUAUUUGCUGCUGAAAACUGUUUACUUUUUAUUGUUACUUUGUUUUAUCGUGACACUGGCUUCCGCCAUUUUGAGCUCUGUUACUGUCAAAAAAACGUACCUGAAAGGGUGUUUAUCAAAGGCAAGAUGAGUAUACAGGGGAAAAGGCUGUACAAGUUCUUUUCUUAGGACUGUUAAACUACAGUUUAAGGUCUAAAGCAUGUUGUAUUUAUAAUGGCUAUAUGUCGUGCCUGUUUUAUUAUUUUUUCCUAAAUUUAAAAACAAAAAUAUUAUGCUUUUUAUUUGACUACAUUGCUUUGCAUUCUGUCUUAGUAAAGCCAUGUCACAUGUCUGUUUUCACUCUAAUGUAAACUAUCAGAUAUCACAAUAAAUUUUCAAUGGCAUUAAGGUGUG